AUGGCGACUAUCCAAAGCAAAUCGACAGCACCACAAUCUGUUACUGCAAGCAGGCUUCCUCCCAAGAAGGAGGAGCAAGAACUCCGGCGAGCCUACUCUGAAAUGGCGAGCAACAUGGAGAAGCUCGUCGUCGCAAGCAGCAGCAGCAGCAACCCAUGCCCUGACGACGGCGCCGACGUCUCGGAGGUGGAGACGGUGCGCUGCGCGUGCUGCGCCGUGGCCGAGGAAUGCACGGCGGCGUACGUGGGCGGGGUCCGCGCGGCCUUCUGCGGCGACUGGCUGUGCGGGCUGUGCGGGGAGGCCGUGAAGGAGCGGAUGGUGCGGGACCCGUCCGGCGGCGUGGAGGCGGCGCUGGGGUCCCACGAGGCCGAGUGCCGGGACUUCAACGCCACGAGGCUGAACCCGACGCUGUCGCUCGCCGGGUCCAUGCGGGGCAUCGCGCGCAAGAGCUUCGACCGGAGAAAGACGACGACGUCGACGUCGUGCCAGGACCGCCACCUCCGCACGGCAGCGUCCAGGGCGGUGGCGCUCGCGAGGUCAGUCAGCUGCGACCCGCGGUUCCUGGCGGACGUGAUUAACGGGCCGUCCGGGGAGCAGUCCCGAUGA